AUUCAUGAACCGGGUUAACUGUUUGUUAGUGCACUCCUCUCAGGCUUUCUGUCCAAACUAGGACUCUAGCUUUAGGAUGGAAAUGCAUUUGUGAUCUGGUUUUGGUUUUAGUUUUAAUUUGGCCUCUCACAAUGACUCAGUCGUAAAGAAUUUAUGUUGCAAAUUGAGUUCAAAGGCCAAAGAGAUGGAUUUUCAAGGCAGUGGUGAGGUUUUCGUUACGGCCCCGUCACACUGAACUCUGUCCGUGGAUCUGCAUGCAGGCAGCGUUAGGGCACCUCUAUAUAUUAAAGUCUUCUAUAAAAUGUAUUGUAGGAUCGUAGAAGAUCACUGUUAUCGCUGACAUUUGAAGCCAGACGAGUCACUUAACAUCUUAUGAAGAAGCUACGAGUUUGUAAGAAUAUAUCCAUUAUUGACGUGUUUUAUGUUAUAUAUCUUAUAUCUGUGCAGAUUCAGACCUGAACACUUUCACCGGAGGAAGAGUGGUUACGGAUUACAGCCUGGACUUGUUUCUUCUCCAGAUCUUAACUGAUGGACUGUGGAUUAUUGUGAUGUUUGUAUCACCUGUUUGGACUCUCAUUCUGACGGCACCCAUUCGCUGCAGAGCAUCUAUUACUGACACAUUUCUGACCAUGACAGAUGCGCAGACCGAGCCCUGUGCUACCUGCGAGAGCGCCGAUCAGAGAAUCGCUGGCCAUUCAUGUUGUUGGACUACUGCUGCCGGUGCUGUGGGACCACGCUGAUCAAACGCCAUGGACAACUGCCCAUCAACAGCAAGCUGCACGACACCUGGGCUGUUCUUCAGAACCUGUUGAUGUGUAUGGUGUGCUUCUAUUCUCUCUACUACAUUGUGGUCAGUCUCUGCAUCGGUAUUCUCAGGGUGGAAGAGGUGGACAGCUUAUUAGCUCCUUUUGACUACACGACUCAACCGUCAUGGCAAAGUCCCAAGUAUUUGGUGAGCGUGAUCUCCACAGAGGUGACGUAUGUUCUGGGUGGUCUGAUAUUCGCCUGGAUCGUGGAGGAGUGGGUGUGGGACUACGCCAUCACCGUCACACUGCUGCACGUGGCUCUGACCGGAGCAGUGAUGGCUGAUUUUCCCUCGACAGAGCACUGGUGGAUUGCUCUCGGCUCUGGGUUAGUGAUGAUGAUUUUUGGCGGGCAGCUCCUGGCUUACAGACUCUUCAGAAGUAACUUCGUGCAUCCGGCAGAUCUUCAGAACUUCUGACUCGCUGUGGAACAUGUGCACGGAUGGCUUUUCUCAGUUUUGUAUUUCUUUUUUUACGUCGUGGGUAUAGUUCGAGGUAGUUUUGUUAUUCCUGCACACUAUGUUGUUGUGAAACUGUCUGCUCAUGCUGGUAAACUAAACCAUGUUAACCGUGUUACUUCAGUGGCCUUUUGGGACGUCCUACGGUGAAAUCUCACAAGAGUCGCAAAUAUAAUAGUCAGUGCUUACAUGCAAAUUUACUUUUGCUUCACUUACUGUAUACAGCAAUGUCUUAUAUGUGUUCAAUUAUUGGAAUUGGAUGGUUUUGGGGCGUCUAAACCUGAAACACUAUUAUUCUGACCCAUUUAGACUCAUUUUGUUGACAUAUAAGCUGAAACCUGUAGUCUUUGACACGAGCUGAUGUGGCUUCAUUUACAUUAGGAACCAUUAGGAGCUCAGAACCUACAAGCCAUUAUCAAAAUGAA